AUGCCUGGACUGCACAUACAGAAUGAGGCCAAGGCCAAAGUCAAGGACAAGGGCAAGGACAAGGACAAACUAGCCGCGUUUGUAUUCGACAUCGACGGCGUAUUUAUCAGGGGCGAGAAGCUGAUCCCCGGAGCCCGGGAAACCAUCCAGCUGCUGCAGCGGCGCAACGACCCUUUCAUCUUCCUGACGAACGGCGGCGGCCACACGGAACAGCAGCGAGUCGAGAAGCUCGGACAGAAGCUCGGCCUCACGCUCGACCCGAAGCAGUUCGUGCAGUCGCACACGCCUUACUACGACCUGGUGCCCGAGUACGGCGACAAGACGGUGCUCGUGCUCGGGGCGCACGGGGACCAGAUCCGCGACCUGGCGCGCGAGUACGGCUUCCAGAAGGUCGUCACCUCGUCCGACGUCGUCGCCGAGUUCCCCCACAUCCACCCGUUCCCGGAGAUGACGCAGGCCCACCACGACCGGUACGGCCGCGACACCGGCGUCCUCGGGACGACGCCCGUCGCCGCCGUCAUGUUCUGGUCCUCGCCGCGCGACUGGGGCCUCGACUACCAGGUCGUGACGGACCUGCUGCUGUCGUCGGGGGGAUACAUGGGGACGCGGUCGGCGAAAAACGGCGACGCCUCGCUGCCGAACCACGGGUUCCAGCAGGACGGGCAGCCGCGGCUGUUCUUCUGCAACCCGGACUUCGUGUGGAGCACGGAGUACGCGUCGCCGCGGCUGGCGCAGGGGGCCUUCCUGGCGGGCCUCAAGGGGAUCUGGGCGGAGGUGACGGGCGGACGGGCGGCGCUCGAGCACACGCUGGUCGGGAAGCCGACGGAGGCGACGUACGCGUACGCGGAGAGGGCGCUGCGGGACUACGCGGGGGCGCUGCAGCCGGCGCGCGACGUCGGCACCGUGUACAUGGUGGGGGACAACCCGCGCAGCGACAUCGCGGGGGCGAACGCGUUCGCGGCGCGCUCGCGGUGCGGGUACGUCUGGAAGAGCGUGCUCGUCGAGACGGGCGUGCACGUCCCCGGGUCGACGCCCGCGCACUCGCCGGAUCACACCGCGAAGGACGUGCGGGAGGCGGUCGAGUGGGCGCUCCGGAAGGAGAAGCUUAUCAACGGCAACGGCAACGGCAAUGGUAACGGCAAUGGAACGGAGAUGAAGUGA